CGCAGUUCGCAUUGCCAAGCGAUAACAGUCAGCUGCAAAUGUAAAUAAAUUGCAGAAACAAAACAAAGCCAAAUAAAAAUAUUUGAUAUAUCUUACAAAAUGGUUUGUGAAAAGUGCGAGUCCAAGUUGUCGAAGGUAUCGGCACCAAAUCCAUGGCGGACAAGCAAUGCCGCUGCCGGCGGACGCAAAAUCAACGAGAACAAGGCAUUGUCAUCUUCCAAACAGCGUUUUAACCCCAUAGGCAACACUUUGGCUCCUUGUCGCAUUUGCCGGCAGAAGGUGCAUCAAAUGGGCGCACACUAUUGUCAAGCCUGCUCCUACAAAAAAGCAAUUUGUGCCAUGUGCGGCAAAAAGAUAUUGAACACGAAGAACUACAAACAAAGCUCCACAUAAAGAAACUAGACUAUAAUUGGUUCAACACUUUAGGCUUAAAUUAGUUAUAUAAUUUAAAUAUCGAUUCUCACUACA